AUGAAUACACUACUUUUCAUUUCCUUCUUCCUUGUUUGCUUCCUUCCUUUCUUCUUCCUUGUUUGCUUUCUUCCUUUCUUCUUCUUCUUCUUCUUCUUCUUCUUCUUCUUCUUCUUCUUCUUCUUCUUCUUCUUCUUCUAUUUCCACCUACCCUUCUUUUUCUUCUUCUUUUAUCUCCGUCUUCCUUUUCUUCUUCUAUUCCCACUUUCCCUUCUUCGUCUUCAUCUCCUACUAUUUCCAACUUCCUUUUCUUCUUCUUCUAUUUCCGUCUUUCUUUCUUUCUUUCUUUCUUUCUUUUUCUUUCUUUCUUUCUUUCAUUCUUCUUCUUCUUCUUCUUCUUCUUUUAUUUCAACAUUCCUUUUCUUCUUCUAUUUCAACCAUCCCUCCUCUUCCUCCGUCUUCUUCUUCUUCUUCUUCUUCUUCUUCUUCCUUCCUUCCUUCCUUCCUUCCUUUUCUUUAUCUUAUAUUUCCACUUUUCCUCCUCCUCCUCCUCCUCCUUCUCUUCUUCUUUUUCUUCUUUAUCUCCCGCAUUCUUCACUUACCACCCCUUUUUCGGCUCUCAUUCUAUCUGUCCUGCUAUUUCGGCCGCGCCCCUUAACUAACUUUCUCUCUCUUUCUCUUUCUCAUCUUUCACUGCUUCCUUCUUUCUCUUCUAUGCAAAUUCUUUCCACCCUCUCUAUCUCACUUUCUCACUCUCGAAUUCUCUUAUACACUCCUUACCAUUCUUCUUUUCUCUCUAUUUCUUCUUCAGCACUCUCUCUCUCUCUCUCUCUCUCACACACACACACACACACACACGCACACGCGCGCACUCUCUCUUCCUGUAAUCUCUCCUUCAUCCCUUCCUCCUAUCUCCCUCAGUCUCUCCCAGCUUUCUUUCUACUUCAUAUAUUUCAUCUCUCUUUUUUUUUCUUUUUUCUCCUCUCCUUGAAACAUCUUUCCUGUCUCUCCCCACUCAUCUUCUCUCUUACACCAUUGAUUCUUUAUCUCUCCUUCUCACUUUCCCCUCACGUUUUAACUCUUUCUUACUCACACUUUUUUCUCCUUUAUCAAUUUUUCUUUUCUUUUUUUUUUCUUUUUUCUUCCUCGACAUUUUAUUGUCUCUACGGCUGCACUUCUGAUCUCUCUCUGUCCCCUUGCACCUCUCUGCUGAUAUUUCUUCCUUUCCUUUCUCCUUCUGUACCAACUGUUCGCAUUUUUCUCUCUCUUUCAGUCCUUCUUCUCCUUCAAACUUCUUUCUUGUCUCGUUAUAUCGCCAUUCCUAUCACACAUAAUUUCCUUUCUCUCUUUUUUUCUAUAUUUCUUUCCUCGCCUUUCCUUGUCAACUUCCUUCUCAAAGCUCUAGUCUCCAACAAUAUCUCCUCUUUAUUUGCAUAUCUCACAUUGUCCUAUCUAUUUCUCUUCAUCUUGCUUCCCCUCUCCUUUCUCAAAACUCCACACUCCAUCAACGUCUCACCUGCACGUCCUUUUCACGUCUCACAUUUGUCCCAUCUCUUUCUCUUCUUCUUCCUUCCCCUCUCCUUUCUCAAAACUCCAGUCUCCAUCAACGUCUCUCCUUCACGUUCUUUUCACGUUUCACAUUUGUCCCAUCUCUUUCUCUUCUUCUUCCUUUCCCUCUCCUUUCUCAAAACUCCAGUCUCCUUCAACGUCUCUCCUUCACGUUCUUUUCACGUCUCACAUUUGUCCCAUCUUUUUCCUUUCCCUCUCCAUUCUCAAAACUCCAGUCUCCUUCAACGUCUCUCGUUCACACUCCACUCUCCUUCAACGUCUCUCCUUCACGUUCUUUUCACGUCUCACAUUUGUCCCAUCUCUUUCUCGUCUUUUUCCUUUCCCUCUCCAUUCGCAAACUCCACACUCCAUCAACGUCUCUCCUGCACGUUUUUUUUCACGUCUCACAUUUGUCCCAUCUCUCUUCUUCUUCCUUCCCCUCUCCUUUCUCAAAACUCCAGUCUCCAUCAACGUCUUGCCUUCACGUUCUUUUCGUUUCAUUUGUCCCAUCUCUUUCUCUUCUUCUUCCUUCCCCUCUCCUUUCUCAAAACUCCAGUCUCCAUCAACCUCUCUCCUUCACGUUCUUUUCACGUUUCACAUUUGUCCCAUCUCUUUCUUUCUUCUUCCUUCCCCUCUCCUUUCAAAACUCCACACUCCAUCAACGUCUCUCCUUCACGUUCUUUUUUUCGUCUCACAUUUGUCCCAUCUUUUUUCUUUCCCUCCAUUCUCAAAACUCCAGUCUCCAUCAACGUCUCUCCUUCACGUUCUUUUCACGUCUCACAUUUGCCCCAUCUUUUUCCUUUCCCUCUCCAUUCUCAAAACUCCACACUCCAUCAACGUCUCUCCUUCCCGUUCUUUUUCAUGUCUCACAUUUGUCCCAUCUUUUCUUCUUUUUCCUUUCCCCUCUCCAUUCUCAAACUCCACACUCCAUCAACGUCUCUCCUUCCUGUUCUUUUCACGUCUCACAUUUGUCCCAUCUCUUUCUUCUUUUUCCUUUCCCUCUCCAUUCUCAAAACUCCACACUCCAUCAACGUCUCUCCUUCCCGUUCUUUUCACGUCUCACAUUUGUCCCAUCUCUUUCUCUUGUUUUUCCUUUCCCUCUCCAUUCUCAAAACUCCACACUCCAUCAACGUCUCUCCUUCCCGUUCUUUUCACGUCUCACAUUUGUCCCAUCUUUUUCUUCUUCUUGAUUCCACUUUCCUUUCUCAAGACUCCACUCUCCUUUCAACGUCUCCUUCACGUUCUUUUCACGUCUCACAUUUGUCCCAUCUUUUUUUCCUUUUUUCCUCUCCAUUCUCAAAACUUCACACUCAAUCAACGUCUCUCCUGCACGUUUUUUUUUUCAUGUCUCACAUUUGUCCCAUCUUUUUCCUUUCCCUCUCCAUUCUCAAAACUCCACACUCCAUCAACGUCUCCUUCCCGUUCUUUUCACGUCUCACAUUUGUCCCAUCUCUUUCUCUUGUUUUUCCUUUCCCUCUCCAUUCUCAAACUCCACACUCCAUCAACGUCUCUCCUGCACGUUUUUUUCACGUCUCACAUUUGUCCCAUCUCUUUCUCUUCUUCUUGAUUCCCUUUUCCUUUUCUCAAGACUCCACUCUCCUUCAACGUCUCUCCUUCACGUUCUUUUCACGUCUCACAUUUGUCCCAUCUUUUUCCUUUCCCUAUCCAUUCUCAAAACUCCACACUCAAUCAAUGUCUCUCCUGCACGUUUUUUUCAUGUCUCACAUUUGUCCCAUCUUUUUCCUUUCCCUCUCCAUUCUCAAAACUCCACACUCCAUCAACGUCUCUCCUUCCCGUUCUUUUCACGUCUCACAUUUGUCACAUCUCUUUCUCUUCUUUUUCCUUUCCCUCUCCAUUCUCAAAACUCCACACUCCAUCAACGUCUCUCCUGCACGUUUUUUUCACGUCUCACAUUUGUCCCAUCUCUUUCUCUUCUUCUUGAUUCCACUUUCCUUUCUCAAGACUCCACUCUCCUUCAACGUCUCUCCUUCACGUUCUUUUCACGUCUCACAUUUGUCCCAUCUUUUUCCUUUCCCUCUCCAUUCUCAAAACUCCACACUCAAUCAACGUCUCUCCUGCACGUUUUUUUCACGUCUCACAUUUGUCCCAUCUUUUUCCUUUCCCUCUCCAUUCUCAAAACUCCACACUCCAUCAACGUCUCUCCUUCCCGUUCUUUUCACGUCUCACAUUUGUCCCAUCUCUUUCUCUUCUUCUUCCUUUCCCUCUCCAUUCUCAAAACUCCACACUCCAUCAACGUCUCUCCUUCCCGUUCUUUUCACGUCUCACAUUUGUCCCAUCUCUUUCUCUUCUUCUUCCUUUCCCUCUCCAUUCUCAAAACUCCACACUCCAUCAACGUCUCUCCUGCACGUUUUUUUCACGUCUCACAUUUGUCCCAUCUCUUUCUCUUCUUCUUCCUUUCCCUCUCCAUUCUCAAAACUCCACACUCCAUCAACGUCUCUCCUGCACGUUUUUUUUUCGUCUCACAUUUGUCCCAUCUCUUUCUUUCUUCUUUCUUUUCCCUCUCCAUUCUCAAACUCCACACUCCAUCAACGUCUGUCCUUCCCGUUCUUUUCACGUCUCUCAUUUGUCCCAUCUCUUUCUCUUCUUCUUCCUUUCCCUCUCCAUCCUCAAAAACACCACACUCCAUCAACGUCUCUCCUGCACGUUUUUUUCACGUCUCACAUUUGUCCCAUCUCUUUCUCUUCUUCUUCCUUUCCCUCUCCAUUCUCAAAACUCCACACUCCAUCAACGUCUCUCCUUCCCGUUCUUUUCACGUCUCACAUUUGUCCCAUCUUUCUCUUCUUUUUCCUUUCCUCUCCAUUCUCAAACUCCACACUCCAUCAACGUCUCUCCUGCACGUUUUUUUCACGUCUCACAUUUGUCCCAUCUCUUUCUCUUCUUUUUCCUUUCCCUCUCCAUUCUCAAAACUCCACACUCCAUCAACGUCUCUCCUUCCUGUUUUUUCACGUCUCACAUUUGUCCCAUCUCUUUCUUCUUUUUCCUUUCCCUCUCCAUUCUCAAAACUCCACACUCCAUCAACGUCUCUCCUGCACGUUUUUUUCACGUCUCACAUUUGUCCCAUCUCUUUCUCUUCUUUUUCCUUUCCCUCUCCAUUCUCAAAACUCCACACUCCAUCAACGUCUCUCCUGCACGUUUUUUUCACGUCUCACAUUUGUCCCAUCUCUUUCUCUUCUUCUUCCUUUUCCUCUCCAUUCUCAAAACUCCACACCAUCAACGUCUCUCCUGCACGUUUUUUUCACGUCUCACAUUUGUCCCAUCUCUUUCUCUUCUUCUUCCUUUCCUCUCCAUUCUCAAAACUCCACACUCCAUCAACGUCUCUCCUUCCCGUUUUUUCACGUCUCACAUUUGUCCCAUCUCUUUCUCUUCUUCUUCCUUUCCCUCCAUUCUCAAAACUCCACACUCCAUCAACGUCUCUCCUUCCCCGUUUUUUCGUCUCACAUUUGUCCCAUCUCUUUCUCUUCUUCUUCCUUUCCCUCUCCAUUCUCAAAACUCCACACUCCAUCAACGUCUCUCCUGCACGUUUUUUUCGUCACGUCUCACAUUUGUCCCAUCUCUUUCUCUUCUUCUUCCUUUCCUCUCCAUUCUCAAACUCCACACCCAUCAACGUCUCUCCCACGUUUUUUCACGUCUCACAUUUGUCCCAUCUCUUUCUCUUCUUCUUCCUUUCCUCUCCAUUCUCAAAACUCCACACUCCAUCAACGUCUCUCUCCUCCCCGUUUUUUUCACGUCUCACAUUUGUCCCAUCUCUUUCUCUUCUUCUUCCUUUCCCUCUCCAUUCUCAAAACUCCACACUCCAUCAACGUCUCUCCUUCCCGUUCUUUUCACGUCUCACAUUUGUCCCAUCUCUUUCUCUUCUUCUUCCUUUCCCUCUCCAUUCUCAAAACUCCACACUCCAUCAACGUCUCUCCUUCCCGUUCUUUUCACGUCUCAUUUGUCCCAUCUCUUUCUCUUCUUCUUCCUUUCCUCUCCAUUCUCAAAACUCCACACUCCAUCAACGUCUCUCUCCUUCCCGUUCUUUUUCACGUCUCACAUUUGUCCCAUCUCUUUCUUCUUCUUCCUUUCCCUCUCCAUUCUCAAAACUCCACACUCCAUCAACGUCUCUCCUUCCCGUUUUUUCACGUCUCACAUUUGUCCCAUCUCUUUCUUUCUUCUUCCUUUCCCUCUCCAUUCUCAAACUCCACACCCAUCAACGUCUCUCCUUCACGUUUUUUCUUUUCACGUCUCACAUUUGUCCCAUCUUUUCUCUUCUUCUUCCUUUUCCCUCUCCAUUCUCAAACUCCACACUCCAUCAACGUCUCCUUCCCGUUCUUUUCACGUCUCACAUUUGUCCCAUCUCUUUCUUCUUCUUUUUUUUCCCUCUCCAUUCUCAAACUCCACACUCCAUCAACGUCUCUCCUUCCCGUUCUUUUCACGUCUCACAUUUGUCCCAUCUCUUUCUUCUUCUUCCUUUCCCUCUCCAUUCUCAAACUCCACACUCCAUCAACGUCUCUCCUGCACGUUUUUUUUCACGUCUCACAUUUGUCCCAUCUCUUUCUCUUCUACUUCCUUUCCCUCUCCAUUCUCAAAACUCCACACUCCAUCAACGUCUCUCCUGCACGUUUUUUUCACGUCUCACAUUUGUCCCAUUUCUUUCUCUUCUUCUUCCUUUCCCUCUCCAUUCUCAAAACUCCACACUCCAUCAACGUCUCAUCUGCACGUCCUUUUCACGUCUCACAUUUGUCCCAUCUCUUUGUCUUCUUCUUGCUUCCCCUCUUCUUUCUCAAAACUCCGCCUCUCCUACUGACCUUCCUGCAAUCUCUCUUACCAGCCCUUCCCUUCCUCUCUCUAAUUAUUUCUCUUUUCUCUCUUUCCCAACUUAAUCCCGGCAGCAUUGAAAGCGCUUCCCUAACUGUCCUUGUUGUCUUCCUUCCCACACAACUUAUCUCACUCUCACUUUUUCUAUCUUGGAUUCUUUCUCCUCUCCUUGAAACGUACCUCUCUCUUUCAAAGUCUGGUGCUACUUCGCGAACCUUCUCUGUCUUUCCCCUUUAUCUUUCUUUUCUAUACCUUCCCCCUCUCUCUUUUUCUUUCCUUCUUUCACAUCUCAUUCACAUUUUGCCGCAAUAUCUCCCUCUACUCAUCCCUUCUCUCUCUAAUUCUCACCCUCUCGUCCUUCUCUCUCUCUCUCUCUCUCUCUCUCUCUCUUUGAGUCUUUCUCCUCUCCUUGAAACGUACCUCUCUCUUUCAAAGUCUGAUGCUACUUCGCGAACCUUCUCUGUCUUUUUCCCUUUAUCUUUCUUUUCUAUACCUUCCCCUCUCUCUUUUUUCUUUCCUUCUUUCACAUCUCAUUCAUUUUUGCCGCAAUAUCUCCCUCUACUCAUCCCCUUCUCUCUCUAA